CUAUCAAAAAUAAACUACUCCUCCUCUUCUCUCCACCCCUCAUUAUCAACCAACUGACUAAAACUAUUCUCUUCUCUCUUCCUUAAUAUCUCCGUUCCCCUCAUUCACAUAUAUCAAUUGCGUCCAGCCAUGCUCCUCGCCCUCUCAUAUCACCUGUUCUGAUGCACUUGUAUCUAUAUAUAUACCUAUACCCAGCCCUUCGUUGUUCGUUCGUGAUACCCCCGUGUCUCACCCUUACUCCAGCCGCCCUUGCUUUGUCAGGCGAGUGAGUGAGACGCCUCACACGGGCACAAACAAACACCAACGCCAACCACUGUCCCAAACUCUUAUCUGCCAUGGCGCCCAGUGCUGUCUCUCCCACCCCCGCCGCCCCCGCCGAGCCAUCCACAAACCUCGCCGACGUGACCGCGUUUUACGACACAACCCUGCGCUUCUUCCUCAACGGCACCCGCGUCAAUCUCGACAACAUCGACCCCGAGAUCAUCCUGCUCGAGUACCUCCGUGGCAUUGGGCUCACCGGCACCAAGCUGGGAUGUUCUGAGGGCGGAUGUGGCGCGUGCACCGUCGUUGUCAGUCAGUGGAACCCUACGACGAAGAAGAUUUACCACGCCAGCGUUAAUGCGUGUUUGGCGCCGCUUGUGAGCGUGGAUGGCAAGCAUGUUAUUACGGUGGAGGGGAUCGGAAAUGUCGAGAGGCCGCAUAGUGUGCAGGAGCGCAUUGCGAGGGGGAAUGGGAGUCAGUGCGGGUUCUGCACUCCCGGUAUUGUGAUGAGUCUCUAUGCAUUACUGAGGAAUGAAGAUCAACCCACUGAGCAUUCCAUCGAGGAAGCAUUUGACGGGAACCUGUGCCGGUGCACGGGGUACCGGCCUAUCCUGGAAGCAGCGCGUACAUUCAGCGCUGAGACUGGCUGCGCGAAAGCAAAAACUAACGGCGGUGGUGGAUGCUGCAUGGAGAAAGAAGGAGGUGGCGGAUGCUGCCAGAGCGAGUCCGCCGACGACGACCAGCCGAUCAAGCGCUUCACGCCGCCUGGAUUCAUCGAGUACAACCCUGACACCCAACUCAUCUUCCCGCCCGCCCUCACUAAAUACGAGUUCAAGCCGUUGACGUUUGGUAACAAGCGGAAGCGCUGGUACCGCCCCGCCACUGUUGACCAACUCCUGCGCAUCAAGCACGCGCUGCCGUCCGCCAAGAUUAUUGGUGGUAGCAGUGAGACGCAGAUCGAGAUCAAGUUCAAGGCGAUGCAGUACUCGGCCUCAGUGUUCGUCGGGGAUAUCCCGGAGCUCCGAAAGUUUGAGUUCCACGACGAUCAUCUGGAGAUUGGCGGGAACAUCACGCUCACGGACCUGGAAGCCAUUGCGCUGAAGGCUGUUGAGCAUUAUGGACCUGAGAAGGGACAGGUGUUUACGAAUAUGCACAGGCAGCUGCAGUACUUUGCUGGAAGGCAGAUUAGGAAUGUUGGGACGCCGGCGGGUAAUCUGGCGACGGCAAGUCCGAUUAGUGAUCUGAACCCUGUGCUCGUGGCUGCGAAUGCUAUCCUGGUUGCGAAGACUCUCCAAGGGGACACAGAGAUCCCGAUGACAGAGUUCUUCAAGUCAUAUCGUACCACUGCGCUCCCGGCGGGUGCAAUCAUCGCUAGUAUUCGGAUUCCCGUCACGGCGACGAAUGAGUAUACCAGUGCGUACAAGCAGGCGAAGAGGAAGGAUGAUGAUAUUGCCAUCGUCACUGCUGCCCUCCGAGUCAAGCUUAGCGAGACCCACGAUGUUGAGAGUGCCAACCUCGUCUACGGUGGCAUGGCGCCUCUCACCAUUUCAGCGAAGAAGGCGGACGCUUUCCUGAUCGGCAAGAAGUGGACAGACCCAGCAACGCUUGAAGGCGUAAUGGGGGCGCUCGAGCAGGACUUUGAUCUCAAGUUCGGCGUUCCCGGUGGAAUGGCAACCUACCGCAAGACCCUCGCGAUGAGCUUCUUUUACCGCUUCUACAACGAGGUUCUUAUCAAGCUCGGCAACGAUGGUGCGGAUCUCGAGGCCGUUGGCGAAAUCGAGCGCGAGAUCUCACGUGGUGAGCAGGAUCACGAUGCCACUUCCGCGUAUGAGAAGAUCAUUAUGGGCCGCGCACAACCGCAUGUUGCCGCGCUGAAGCAGUGUACGGGCCAGGCGCAGUACACUGAUGAUAUCCCGGUGCAGAGGAAUGAGUUAUACGGGUGUCUGGUUCUUUCGACGAAGGCGCGGGCGAAGCUCAUAUCUGUUGACACAUCGGCGGCUCUAGAGCUGCCGGGUGUGGUAGACUACCUAGAUCAUACGGAUAUGCCUAGUCCAGAGGCAAACUGGUGGGGUGCUCCGGUGAGAGACGAGGUAUUCUUCGCUGUGAAUGAGGUCUUUACCUGUGGUCAGCCUAUUGGUGUUAUCCUCGCCAGCACGGCAAACGAGGCUGCUGCGGGCGCGAGAGCAGUCAAGAUACAGUACGAAGAGCUACCUGCUAUAUAUACCAUCGAGGAGGCUAUCGAGAAGGAGAGCUACUUUGAGCAGUUCAGGUUCAUCAAGACUGGGGAUACGGAGAAGGCGUUUGCGGAGGCGGAUCAUGUCAUCUCGGGCACGACUAGGAUGGGAGGCCAGGAGCACUUCUACCUUGAGACUAAUGCCUGUGUUGCUGUGCCGAAGCCAGAAGAUGGGGAGAUGGAGGUUUUUGCUUGUACGCAGAACCCGACAGAGACGCAAGCAUAUGUUGCACAGGUCUGCAAUGUUGCCAAUAACAAAGUCGUCUGCCGAGUCAAGCGUCUCGGCGGUGGUUUUGGUGGCAAGGAAACUCGUUCGGUGCAGCUGAGUUCUAUCAUGGCGCUCGCGGCGAAAAAGACAGGCCGCCCCGUGCGCUGCAUGCUCAACCGCGACGAAGACAUGAUGACGAGCGGGCAGCGCCAUCCCUUCCUCACGAAGUGGAAGAUCGCCAUCAGCAGCGACGGCAAGCUCCAAGCCCUCGAUGCCGAGGUCGUCUGCAACGGCGGCUGGACGCAAGAUCUCAGCGGCGCUGUCUGCGAGCGCGCUCUCUCCCAUAUUGAUGGCUGCUACGCCAUCCCGAAUGUACAUGUACGUGGUCGUAUCGCGCGCGCUAAUACCAUGUCCAACUCCGCUUUCCGUGGCUUUGGUGGACCCCAGGGCCUCUUCGUUGCAGAGACAUACAUCGAAGAGGCGGCGGACCGACUCGGUAUCCCAGCUGAAAGGCUGCGCGAGAUCAACAUGUACAAGCCCAUGGGGAUUACGCACUUCAACCAGGCGCUGCAGGACUGGCAUGUCCCGCUCAUGUACGAUCAGGUCCGCAGGAAUUCCAAGUAUGAGGAGCGCCGUAUCGCUGUCGAUGAGUUUAACAGAACUCACAAGUGGCGUAAGCGUGGUCUUGCUAUCGUCCCGACUAAAUUCGGUAUCUCCUUUACGGCGCUGUUCCUCAACCAGGCUGGUGCCCUAGUGCAUAUCUACCACGAUGGUUCCGUGUUGCUCGCCCAUGGUGGCACUGAGAUGGGCCAGGGUCUGCACACUAAGAUGUGCAUGAUUGCUGCUGAAACCCUCGGCGUUCCUCUGGAUUCUGUGCAUAUCUCGGAAACUGGUACAAACACCGUCGCCAACACCUCCUCCACAGCUGCAAGUGCAUCCAGCGAUCUCAACGGCUACGCCAUCUAUAACGCCUGCGCCCAGCUCAACGAGCGCCUCGCCCCCUUCAAAACCCAGCUCGGCCCCGAGGCCACCAUGGCUCAGCUCGCCCACGCCGCGUACUUCUCCCGCGUUAACCUCUCCGCGCAGGGCUAUUACCGCACUCCCGAGAUCGGCUACACGUGGGGCAAGAACGAGGGUAAGAUGUUCUUCUACUUUACCCAAGGUGUCGCCGCCGCGGAGGUCGAGGUCGAUACCCUCACCGGCUCAUGGACCUGCAUCCGCGCCGACGUACUCAUGGACGUCGGCCGCAGCAUCAACCCCUCUGUCGACUACGGCCAAGUCGAAGGCGCCUUCGUGCAAGGCGUCGGGCUCUUCACGAUGGAGGAGUCGCUGUGGUUCGGUGGCGGCCCGAUGGCGGGGCAGCUCGCGACGCGGGGCCCGGGGAAUUACAAGAUCCCUGGGUUCAGGGACGUGCCGCAGACGUUUAACGUUAGUCUGCUGAAGGGGGUGGAGUGGAAGGAGUUGAGGACUAUUGGGAGGAGUAGGGGGGUGGGAGAGCCGCCGUUGUUUUUGGGGAGUGUGGUCUUUUUUGCGAUUAGGGAUGCGAUUAGGGCGGGGAGAAGGCAGUGGGGGGUUGAGGCGAGGAGGUUUGUGGGGAGGGGGUUGGGGGAGGGGGAGGUUGGGGAGGCAACCAAUGGUGAAGCAAGCAACGGUGAAACCACAAGCAGAGAGAGCGAUGAAUCUCCGGUGACCAGUGAGCCAAGUAGUGCCUCAGACGAUACCACAACCACCACCCCAGAGGUUGGCCCUGCCGCAGAUGCAUUGCAGCCACAAGGUCAAGAAGUAUCUGCAGAGAUUGGAGACGGCAUGUUAUACCUCGACAGCCCUGCGACAACGGAGCGCAUCAGGAAUGCGUGUGUGGAUCCUAUUGUGCAGCGCGCGAGGGUGAAACAAGGGGAGGGGGAUAAGCCAUUCUUUAUUUCGAUUUAAGAGGGAGAUGUAAAUGGAAGGAUGGUUAUGGGGGGUUUUUUGUAUAACUUAUAUCUUUUUAUGGAUUAUGAAUUCUGGAUUUGUUUUGUUUCGGGGGGUGAGAAUUGUAUGGGUGUAAUGUUUAAGUGCAAAUCUUACCCAUGUGGUGUUUUAGUUAUAUAUUUAUACAAUUCAACGAUAUUUCCAC